AUUCAAACUAAUAGCGUUUUCCACCUUGCCGAACCCGCACUGUGGCAGUUUCCACUGUCACUGUGCGAGUUUUUUGGUGUUAUCACAAGUGCCAACAUUUUAUUACUAGAUCUGGAACACGAAAAAUUAAUAUCUUGUUACACUCAUAAUUAUUGAUAACAAUUAUAUUUUAUGCGAAUUGCAAGACAUAUUGCAAACAUAUUUUCAUUUUUCAGUUAUGUUGGCUGUUUUUUUCGCUUUUCAGUUUUCUUUGUUCUAAAUUCUAUAGAAAAGUAGGUGCUAAUUGUAUCUACCGGCUACCCCUGUACCUACUUGCGUAAUUUGUUGUUGAGUUGUUCAGAGUCUUCACUCUUUAUAGUUGAAAAAUGACUUACCAAUUUAUUAAGUUUGCUAUAACUGAAAAUAGACCAAUUAGACCAGAACAAAUACUUUGUGAUGUACUUGAUGAAGAUGGUAUAGAGUCUCAGAUAUAUGUUUCUAAGAACCAACUGAUUGAUAAUGGGAUUUCAAUACCUGAAAUACCAGAUAAUAAUAAUUCAAGUUGGUCUGAUGGUGCUACUUCUUUCAUGUUGGAGAAAUAUGCUGAAUAUUUACCAAAAGUGGGACCAUUGAAACUUUUCCUAAAAAAAAAAGAUCUUUGGCAACAAAUAUCUGUUGAUUUAAUAAAUGAGCUAAAUGUAACAAAAAAUGCAAUACAAGUUGAAAAUCGAUACAAAACAAUUAUAAAAAGAAAAAAAAAUGCCAUUGAUCAUAACAACAUUUCAGGAAAUUCUCGCAUUGAUGUACCUUUUGAAAAAGAAAUAAAAUCUAUAACUGCACUUGACGAUAGUAUCGAACCAGAGGUUCUUAGAAAUAGUAAUAUUGUAAAAAAACGUAUUCCAGAUGAGAUAUGUAAAAAAAAAGAUGUAAAAAGGUCGAAAACAGAUAUGGCAGAAGUUUUUUUACAAAUACAACGAGAAAAAGAGGAAGCUAAAGAAAGAAGACGUAAAGAAAAGAUGUCAUUAAUCGAAAAAAUAUUAUCUGCAGGUAAUUAAAUUUUAUAAAAAAAAUAAAUAAGUA